AGGUUCAGCUAUGGCUACAGCAAUUCAAAGAGGCCCUCUGAAGAAUAUCGGAACUAUGUUUAUGCAACUGCAUAUUAUGCAUCAUAUACUAAGGAUCCAAGGCUGUAUGUAGUAAUCCCCAGUGGCGUGACUGUGUUGGUUUCUGGCGUCAUGGUUCUGGCUGGCAUCUGCUCAAGGAAAAUCUUUGCGACCUCAGUUGGUCUUUAUUCAUCCUUGGGACUAUGGAUAUUGACUCUGUUGAUGUCAAUCGUCUAUCAGAGUACUUGGUGGAAACAUGAUGACUUUUUCUUGUCCACUGCUGGCUGGGUGCUGGGUAUCCAGAUUGGACUUCUCAUUCUGCUGCCAAUACAGAUGGUGUUGGCCAUGUGGGAAUUACGGCGACAGAAAGCUGGAUGGCCCUACUUAUACUUCAGCCGUGUAAUAACAGUUGAAACUUUCCUGCUGGUAGCAAGAGUGACUCUAGGAGUUUAUGCCAUCAUAUUCUUAUGGAACUCUUCCUUGAUUGAUGGUUUACGAAACACAAGUGAUGGCUAUGAUUGGUGGGAGUCCCCGCACGUACGCGUGCCAGGAUACUUUGUCUAUCCUUGUGUUAUUGCAGCAGCAUAUGGUGUGAUUGUCAGUAUUGAAGGAACUCUCUCCCAUUUCUCUGGUGAAGUACACAACAAGUUGAUGGCUUGUACUGCCCUGAUGUCAGCAAUCUGUUAUGGAGGCUUGGCUGUUAUCACAUCUCCAGUGUUUCUUACGGUUAUUUUGGGACAUGACCCAGGGAGUGAAAGAGUAGACGUGAUGAUCUCUGGAAUUUUUUUAAGCAUUGUUAGCUGCAUACAUGCCUUUGCUUGCAUGAUUUUCCCCAGUGGUAUUAGAACACCACCCAGGUUUAUCAAGAAGAUUGCUGAGGAACUGUCAUCCUUUGAUGUCUCGAAGCUUAACUUGAAUGGUUUGGCAUCAUCAGCUGCCGUUACGAAUUGCAUUGAGUUCCUGACCAAACAGCGAGGUUUAUACACCAAGGUCGAUCUUGUUUCUUUCACUGUUUCCAUCAUGGCAGUUAUACUCACCAGUAUUGGAAUUUGUGUUCCAUACGAUUUACAAUGGGCAGUUCUCAUGAUGCUAUGUGGGAAUGUCGCCAUCCUCUUCCGUACCAUACCUACACUGGUGGCAGAAAAUUUUUGCCAUCAGACAUUUGUUCUCCCUGAUGUGGUGAGGGCUUUGAACUUCCUCUUGGAAAAUAUUACUUUGUUCAUCGGUGCCAUGGGAAGUUGUAUCAUCGCUUGGUCUUCUGUGCUAGUUGCUGCUGGUGUGAUCAAUAUAUUAUAUACAAUAGCCCAGGGCAUUUUUGCAUUUGUGAUAUACAAAAUGCAGAAAAACACUGAAAUUACUGGAGUAUCUGAGGACACCAAAGUGCUUACAGAGUCCAUGCCUGAAGAUGAACGAGUAAAUGAGUCGUGGCCUGAAGGUGGGCAGAUAAUAAAUGGUUUGGAACAAGGAAGUCUUUCUCAGUCUUAUGCUUAAGGCACUGCUGCAGCUUAUAAAAUUCUUACACCCCAAUUCAAAAUGGUAAGUGGGACUUAUACCACAGUGAAGUAAAUUUUAUAUUUUAGAAUAAAAAAUGGUACAGUAUUUUGAUGUGUUUUACAGAAAAACAUUUUGUUUUGUUCACUGUGUUGUACUUUUUUAAAUAACAUAUGAACCACUCAAUGACAGAUUCCUUAAAAACAUUGGUAGUAUUUUUAUGAUAGAAUUGAUGCACUUUUCACGCUUUAGUGUUCUGUUCAUGAAAAACUUUUCAUAAAUCAAAAUUUGUAAAUCAAAGUACAAUUUUCCAUUGACUCGUUAUAACAGCUGAGAUACGUUCUUAUUAGAAUGAAAAUCCCCAAAAGUCUUAAAAUGCUACAUAAUAUGAGUUUAAUGAAAAUUUUUGGUGAACAGUACACAACAAUUAUUAACCAACAACAAAAAUCAAGUGAAAUACAUGCAAUAUAGUACAGUAAUAAUUAUAUACUUUCAAGAAACCUGAUUCCUUGAAACUUGAGGUGGUUGUGUGGCUUAGGUAACAACUCUUAAUAUAUUGUUUUAGUUUGUUUUAUAAUUUUAUUGUAAUGCUUACUUAAUGAAGUACAGUAUUGGGGUUGCCCCCAAAACACAAAUGUUUUUCAUAUUUUAAGCUAUGUGGCAAAAGUGACAAUUGAACCACAAUGGCACUUUUUACAUACAAUGUCUACCGUAUGUAUUUCUAGUUUCAGCAAGUUCUUGUGCAUAGAUUUGACAUUAAAUAAUGUGAGAGUUGCUUUAAGCUUAUCUAAAGAUAUUGUAGCUAAUACCAUCUCCUGUAACACUUAUAACACUUCCGUACCUGUACUGUACACUGAUCAGGUCUGGUACGGGAAGCCCCCGAGAUGCCUGUGUCAGUACUUCAGGAUCUGCUGAUACUGUGAAAAAAUUAUGAAAAAAAUGUAAGCCAAAGCUUCUCAAACCAGAUUCUGCCUGUUUAUUCAAAACUAAUAUUACUACACAUUUUAGAAGCUGCUCUGCCAAGCAGUUGAAUUUGCUGUUGCUUAGAAAUAACCAGCAUAAAAAUGAGAGAAAUAAAAA